ACUGCGAGCGAGAGCGAAACAGAACAACAGAAUCCAGGUGAUUUGUGCAGCUGCUAAAGCGCAGUGGAUCUCACGAACGUUUCCCCUCGAUUUGUGUUUGGCUUAAAGGAGACGCAACAAAGCGCACAAAAUGGUUGCGCUCCAGGCCAGCUCGAAUAAGUAGGUUUACUAUAGCUUUAAGAACGCGAAAACGGCGGCUGCUUCUUUAAGGUUAUAUCGGGUAAUUUCUGAAUAGAUAAUUAAGAAAAGUUUUCAUUUUGUAAUCAAUAAAUCGAUGUGUAUAAUUUGCGACGAACCUUUUCCGAAAAUGCUCCACAGUCGGACAGAGGCCUCUCAACAUCAAAAUGUCUGUAUACUAGAUGUGCGCUAUUCCUCGUUUUGCAAGUAAACCAUCCGGACUUUCUGCGGAAUUAAAGACGGGCUAAAGUGCGUUCUCGGUGAUGGAAGCAACCAGCGACCGAAAUGAAGAUGUAAAUAAAGGCAAAGAGCUGGUGGAGCACAAGGCCGCAGAGCAGACCCCGGCCCCGGGUGCGGCCGUUACCCCGCGGCGAGGGCUCAGGGAGCGGGGAGCCACCCGCACGAGAUCCGGCGACCCCGCUUCACAAGCGGCCGUGAACGGAGCUACGCAGGGCUCUGGGAGGGUUUUACGCGACCGCUCCACUCGGGCUGUCCCGGCCUGGCUGAAGGGCAACAAAAGUGAAGAGGACGAAGACGAGAACAGCGCCGGUGCCAGCAAGAGGAGGAAAGUUUGGAACUCCCGUCGGAAGAAAAGCGGUGACUCCUCGGGGUCGGUGGAAGCUGGUGAUGGCGUCGCAGGUGACAGCCCGCAAGCCAUUGACUCUGCAGAGGAACUCAAGAAACCUACCACUAAUGUUGAAGCUCUUCCCUCCAGGCUCUCUCCAGCCCAGAGUCGAGCCAAGCCUCCAUCUGGCAGGGUUGUCCGCAGCUCUGGCAAGCCAGUGUGCAAAACUGAGCUUGGAAUAGAGCAUCGAGUUGCCGCUUCGGGAGAGGCGAACAUUAAAGAAAAGUAUGACAUUAAAAACGGAGAAGAAAAGAGCAAAGGCGUUGGUUGUCACUUUGUGGAUAAGGAGGACCCUCAAUUUCAAGGCAACACAAAUGACCUGACUGCGGCUUCAGCUUCACUGCCUCAGGGUGAAGCAGACGAGGAAGAGGUUAUCAGCAGUGAUGAGGACGUUCCCUUUCGAGACGAUUUAAAUGAUCAGAGCUACGACCCCAAGGCGGAAGGAUUUGUGGAUGCACCCAAGCCAAAGCGCCGGAUUCCUCCGAGACAUAAGGACAAGAAAGAAAAGGAGAAAGCGCCCAAGAAGGAGGAGGUGCAAGAGAUAAAAAUGGAGGGCUCAGACAACUUACAGAACGCAGAGAUGGAAGUGAAGCUUGAAGAAGAAUUGGCGGAUGACCCCGACGGGCCGAGGAAGAGGGGUCGACGGAAGAAAGAUGAUAAGACGCCACGGCUGCCAAAAAGAAGAAAGAAGCCCCCAGUGCAGUACGUCCGAUGUGAAAUUGAGGGAUGUGGCACUGUCCUGGCUCAUCCACGCUACCUGCAGCACCAUAUCAAAUACCAGCACUUGCUGAAAAAGAAGUACGUGUGUCCUCAUCCUUCAUGUGGAAGACUCUUCAGACUUCAAAAGCAGCUACUUCGUCAUGCCAAACACCAUACAGACCAGAGAGACUACAUCUGUGAGUUCUGUGCUCGUGCCUUCAAGAGUUCCCACAAUCUGGCUGUCCAUCGCAUGAUCCACACCGGAGAGAAGCCCCUCCAGUGUGAGAUCUGUGGCUUCACCUGUCGCCAGAAGGCCUCCCUCAACUGGCACAUGAAGAAGCACGACGCCGAUGCCACCUAUCAGUUUUCCUGCUCCAUUUGUGGCAAGAAGUUUGAGAAGAAAGACUGUGUGGUGGCCCAUAAAGCCAAGAGUCACCCAGAAGUACUCAUAGCCGAGGCGCUCGCAGCCAACGCCGGCGCCCUCAUCACGACCCCCGCGUCCAUGCUGGAGCUGCCGGUCACCCCCGUGCAAGGAGAGGUGGGAGCUGGUAGCCUGGAAAUAGUCCGAGGCGGCCAGGGGGGGCAGGUUCAGCCGCCGGGCCAGGAAGGACAUGUCGGGUCUCAAGUGGCUCAGGUUGCACAGGGAGGUAAUGUGGCCCCGCAAGUCAGUCACCAGGUGGUUCUCCUGGGACAAGAGCAACCACUCCACACCAUGCAGGUGCCAGUAACAAUUGCCCUUUCCCCUAUCGACCCCCCAUCGCCUGCCGACCACCACCAGCAGCAGCAGACGCAACUUCAGCUCCAGAUGCCCGUCCAGUUUGUUCCACAGUCUCCGCAACUCGCCCUGCACUCCCCAUCGGUGGUGGCUCAGUCCCAAGCCCAAUCCCAGGUACAGUCUCUUCAUCCCUACUCCUCCCAGCAACAGAGCCACGGGCAAAUCGUACAAAUGACCUUCCAGCCAGUCAGCCAGUCCCAGACUCCCAUGCAACAAAUCCCACUCCUAGCCACCUCUCAGCAGCUUACCACCCUGCAGACAACCACGUCCGGCCCCCCGCUACUGUCUUCAUCCCAGCCACAGGAGGCCUCCAACAGGAACAAUCCAGUGCUGGCAGCCUCCUCUCCACCAGCAAAUUCCUUCCGUCCAACGGAACGAGUGGGAGCGAGCGGGGUUGCCUGGGAGCAAAUGGACCAAGGGGACAUCCUGUCCAACAACACUGCGGCGGACGUACAGCGGAUCAUCAUUUGAAAUGAGAAGGAUGCACACACCCUAAAGAGGCCACAUGAUGUCACCCACAACAAUACUGUAAUGCAAAGUUAAAAGCUUCAUUUAGGAUCACUCAUUCGUUUUUGGUAGCUUUUUUUUAGAAUAGCUGAUCAGGGAAUCAUAUGUCUGUGCGUAACUUUGUACAUAGUAUUCCUGCAAACGUCAUUAGCUUUUUAAGGGAGUGCGCUGAUUGAUUGUUGUAACGCUUUUCCUAUUAAUAGGCACUAUGAAGGCAUAAUUCUAUGUAAUUGACGUCACAACAUAUAAUGUCCAGUAUGCGUCCUCUCAUAUACGAGCUUGAAAAUUCACACCCAAAAUAUACUGUAGAAAUCCAUAGCAACCGGACAGGUUAGAAUAAGAUGACCUUGACCUUGAAGUGUUAAUUAAGCCAUGUGUUUAUUAAGUCCACAUUAUAUAUAAUGACUAUUGACAUUAGGACUGUCACUAACAUAUUGUAUUUGCGUUUUCAGUUAACACCUGAACUGUUAGUCAAGUCAAGUCAACAGUAUUUAUAGAGCACUUUCGAACAGCCACCGCUGCAUACAAAGUGCUGUACAUGGAGCGAUUUAACAUACACAAUAAACAGUAAGACGAAUCGGUAAUAAAGGCGGUGGAAAGCACCAAGCAGUAAAAUCAAGAACAAAUCUAAGUCAUGCUGAGUCGAACGCCACCUGUGGAUAAACACCUUGUCAAAGUCUACUGUCGGGAUUAAAAAGAAGAUUGUCUAUUUAUAUAACAUGAAAAGAGGUUGUUCUUGUACUCAGUAACUGAACCUGUCAUUGCUUGUUCGUGGCUGUCAGCUUGAUGACCUGUACAGAUAAUUGUUUGCAGUUUGGGCUUUGAGCAAAAUGUGCUGCAAGCUUUGUGGUCGGGAUGCUCUUGGAGCAGAUAUGCCAACUCUUCAUUUAUAAGAUGUAAAUAAAUGUCUUAACAACAAA